AUGACGUCGGAGCGUUCUCGAAUCCCGUGUCUCUCGGCUGCUGCUGCCGAAGGAACAGGGAAAAAGCAACAAGAAGGAACAGCAAUGGCGACACUGCACCGCAAAGUGCCCAGUCCGGAGGCGUUUCUGGGCAAACCCUGGUCCUCCUGGAUCGACGCCGCCAAAUUACACUGCUCCGACAAUGUAGAUUUAGAAGAGGCUGGAAAAGAGGGUGGCAAAAGCAGGGAGGUUAUGAGGCUUAAUAAAGAAGAUAUGCACCUAUUUGGCCAUUAUCCAGCACAUGAUGACUUCUAUCUGGUCGUGUGCAGUGCCUGCAAUCAGGUCGUCAAGCCCCAGGUCUUCCAGUCGCACUGCGAGAGAAGACACAGUUCAAUGUGCAGACCUUCUCCCUCUCCAGCGUCUCCAGCCUCCAAUUCCCGGACAUCGCUAGCACAGGCAAAGACGAAAGCCUGUCUCAGCGGCCAUAGCGCUGUCAGCAGCACCUCAAAGCCAUUUAAAACGCCCAAAGACAAUCUCCUUACCUCCAGCAGCACACAGCACACAGUCUUCUCUGCAAAGGGACCAAGGGAUAAACCAUGCGUUCCAGUUCCCGUAGUCAGUUUAGAGAAAAUUCCUAACCUAGUGAAGGCGGAUGGUGCCAAUGUCAAAAUGAACUCUACAACCACUACUGCAGCCACUUCCUCCUCCUCCUCCUCUGCCGUCUCCACCCUGCCUUUAAUUAAGCCCACCUUGAUGUCCAAGUCAGUGCCACCUUCACCAGAGAAGAUCUUAAAUGGCAAGGGGAUUCUGUCAGCCACCAUAGACAAGAAGCACCCAAAUGGCACCAAAAACAGCAACAAGCCUUACCGGAGACUUUCAGAGAGAGAAUUUGACCCAAAUAAACACUGUGGAGUAUUGGAUCCCGAGACAAAGAAACCUUGCACAAGAUCCCUCACCUGCAAGACACACUCGCUGAGCCAUCGGAGAGCAGUCCCAGGCCGGAAAAAGCAAUUUGACCUCCUCCUGGCGGAGCACAAAGCCAAGUCCAGAGAGAAAGAAGUGAAAGAGCACCUUCUGACUUCCGCUAGGGAGAUACUUCCGAACCCUCCUGGACCCUUGCCCGAUGCUCCGCAGGCAUCUUCCGGGAGCACCGUGGCAGAGCCGAAAGUAGCAUCCCCACCAAAAUCCAGGCCACUCAACUCUGUACUUCCCAGACCAUCAUCCGCAAACAGCAUAAGCAGCAGUACAUCUUCAAACCACAGUGGCUACACUCCAGAGCCCCCUCUACCCCCAGCUGGAGGCGACCUUGCCAGCCGACUGUCCAGUGAUGAAGGGGAGAUGGACGGAGCCGACGAGUCCGAGAAGUUAGACUGUCAGUUCUCCACACACCAUCCCAGACCUCUUGCGUUCUGCUCAUUCGGGAGUCGCCUCAUGGGACGAGGAUACUAUGUGUUUGAUAGAAGAUGGGAUCGAUUUCGCUUCGCACUGAACUCCAUGGUAGAAAAACACUUGAAUUCGCAGAUGUGGAAGCACAGAAGCCCGAGCCACAGGGCGUCAGGUCCCUCCCCUCUGUUCAGGACUUGCCUAACCAAUCUGCUGUCACUGAGCAACAUUGGGGCUGCCUGGGUGUCAACUCUGGAGAGCGUAGCACCCCGCUGCCCUCUCAACCUCGCUGCCCAAACUUCAGGCCCUGAAGGGCCCGAACCUGGAGGGAUGGCAGCCGAUGGGGGCGUGGAAGACAUUAGGAAGAAAAGGAACGGCCAAGACUCUUUUUUCUUUAACAAGCAUUUAACUCUGCAUCAGGAGACGCCAACACAGUAUUCUCUUUCAGCCAGGAAGAUCCCUCCUGCGGCAGAUAGCCCCAUGCCCUCGCCAGCAGCCCACAUCACCACCCCCGUUCCAGCAUCCGUUUUGCAGCCUUUCAGCAACCCCAGUGCUGUGUAUCUUCCUUCAGCUCCCAUCAGCUCGAGACUCACCUCUUCUUACAUAAUGACAUCAGCCAUGCUCUCAGACGCAGCUUUUGUGGCAUCGCCGGACCCACGCGUCCUCAUGUCCCACACCACAGCUUUCCCCCAUGUGGCUGCAACCCUCAGCAUCAUGGACUCAACCUUCAAGGCCCCAUCUGCCGUGUCCCCGAUACCAGCUGUCAUUCCUUCCCCAUCCCACAAGCCAUCCAAAACCAAAACCAGCAAAUCCUCAAAAGUGAAAGACCUGUCCGCUCGUAGCGACGAAUCUCCAAGUAACAAAAAGAGGAAGCCGCAGUCCUCCACUUCCGCCUCCUCCUUAUCCUUGCAGGCUUCCCUCUCGUCUCCAUUGUCAGGGCCCCACAAAAAGAACUGCAUUCUGAAUGCCAGUUCCACUUUGAACUCCUAUCAGGCAGCCCCUCCCUAUAACAGUCUGUCUGUGCACAACUCAAAUAACGGGGUGAGCCCACUCAGUGCCAAGCUGGAGCCCUCAGGACGGACCUCACUGCCCAGCGGCCCCAUGGACAUAGUGAGACAGGUGGGCGCUGUGGGUGGCAGCAGUGGCUCCUGUCCCCUCUCCGUGCCCUCCCUUGCACUCCAUGCAGGGGACCUCUCUCUGGCCUCACACAACGCCGUGUCUUCUCUGCCCCUCUCCUUUGACAAAUCAGAAGGAAAAAAGCGUAAGAAUUCAAGUCCUAGUAGCAAAGCCUGUAAGAUCACUAAAAUGCCUGGUAUGAAUAGCGUUCACAAAAAGAACCCACCCAGCCUUCUUGCACCGGUGCCCGAUCCCGUUAACAGCACCUCCUCUCGGCAGGUAAGGGAGCUCCUGGCACUGCCUUCACCGGCUCUGGGGGGCAGGGGGAGCUGGGCAGCGCCCUUGCUUGGCCAGGUGGCUCAGACUGGUAACACACGCACGGCUCCUUUUGCCGGGUUCCCCAUAGGCUCCGAGAGUUCUUGGUAGGGCUUUGCUAGUCCCUGUGCUAAGCACUUUACAGUAAUCACUUCCUUGAGUCCUCACAACAAACCCAGCACAGGGGGUUAAAAAAAAAAAAUGGCCGUCACUUAACAGCUGGGUAAACCGAGGCACAUAGACUCUCUGAGUUCCCCCAUUCCUUUUGUCUGUUUCCUAUCUUGAGGUUUUAUACGAGGCCUACUUCAUUAAAGAGUUUUGUUGCUAA